AUGCGUGCCGGCCUCGUCCCCAGCCUCGUGGUGCCUCUGACUCUGGCAAUCGCGGCCGGCCUGCUGUAUGCCAACACCCUGCAGUUUGGAUUCGUGUAUGACGAUGACUUUGCGGUGGACUUGCGGUCGUCUACGAGUCACAAGUCGUACCGCCCCGUCACCACCCUCUUCUUCCGGGUCCUGAAUAUCCUCGGGGGCGAGUGGCUGCCCUGGGAGACUGAAGAGGACGACCCAGGCACUGGGCCCGACCCACGACCCUUCCACGCUGCAAACGCGGCACUGCAUGGGGUGCUCACCGCCCAAGUCUACUGGUGCUUCGGUGCGAUCGCUUGCCUGGAGCUGCUGCUCCCUCCACGCUCCCCUUCGGACCCCCGAAUGCACAGGGGUGCCCUCCUGGGAGUCCUUGCCCUCGCCGUGGCCGCCUACGUUGGGCUGAGGGCAGCCCUGGCAGGUGACCACCUGGUCCGCAACUACCGCAUUGUGGAGAACCCCAUCCCCUUCAUCCCCAGUCGCCUGGCAAGGGUCCUGACCACGCUGUACCUGCACGCCCUCUAUGCUCGCCAGCUCAUACUGCCUGUCCAGAUGUCGGCGGACUGGUCCUUCUCCUGCGUCGCCAUCGUGAAGUCAAUGUGGGACCCGCGCAACGCCCUCUCCCUCCUCCUCUACGCCUGGCUCCUGGCCACCGCCCUGGCCGCCAAACCAUGGAGCCUCAUGUCGGACUGGAGGCGGGUGCUGGCGAGCGGCACAGGGGCGCGGCUCCCCGCGACACCCAGCAGCACUUCAACCGCCGAGGAGGCAGGCGUGGACGCCAAGAUCCAGCUGAUCGUGGCGCCGGGCGCGGCCCCCGGCUCGGCCCUGUACACAGCGCGCUGGCGCCUGUUUGUGACGGCCGGGCUGAUCGUGGGGCCCAUGCUGCCAGCCGCAAACCUGUUCUUCUACGUCGGCACCUUCCUCGCGGAGCGGCUCCUCCUCAUGCCCUCAGGCAAGGCCAGGUGGCAAGGGGGGGAGGGUCAACCAGACUGUAUGCCAUGGAGCACCCUGCAGCUAUUGAGGACGGGCCUUGACCAAUCCAUCACCCCAGUACUUGCAGUGGGCCUGGCCUUCCUCGUCGCUGAGCAGCUAACGGCCGGGCUCUCUGGGCCGCGGUCCACCCGCGUCCGCAGGGCCUUCUCAGCCCUCAUUCUGGCCUCCCUCCUGGCCCUGGGCGGGCGAAGGACCCUGCAGCGCAAUCGCGACUGGGAGUCAGACGCCUCCCUCUUCGGCUCGGCGCUUAAGGUCUGCCCCAACAGUGCCAAGGUCCUCCUGAACACGGCCAUCCUUUCCCGCCGCUCCGAGGCCUGGGACGUCUCCCUGGUGCUCCUGGACCGGGCACUGGAUGUGGUGCCGCAGUACUGCGACCCUCACUACCACCGCGGCAUCGCGCUGAUGGGGAAGAUGCAGAUGAGCGAGGGCAUCCAGGAGCUCACCGCCGCGCUGUCCUGCCCCGACACCGCCGUCGACGCCCUCAGCGACCUCAACAAGGUGUACGUGAACUGGAUGGACGAGUCGCUGACUCAGCGCGACUGGGUGCAGUCCAUGGACCAGUGGGCCCAGGUCCUGGUCCAUCCCGAGGUCCAGCGCAUUGAGGAGGCAAGUCUGCGGGUGGUUGCGGCGGUGGCGUGGGAGUCGGCCGCCUUGACCCUGGUGGCCACCAACCAGCUGGACGAGAGUGGGAAGCGCGCCGAGCGUCUGAUCAUGAAGGCCAUGAUGAAGCUGGACCAACUGGAGGCGGUGUCUGCCGCGCCCGACGAGACCCACCGCAUCCGCCAGCCCGCCUCAGAGGAGGGGCUGGAGAGGCUGGUGGAGUGCAUGGGCACUCGCUUCCCAGUCAUGGAGGCCAUCGCCGCAGAGGGGGGCAAUCUCACCUCCCCCACCGUCAAGGCGGCCAUGUACAAGUACCUCGACAAGGCCGCGCCGCUGCAGUGCCACUUCCCCCUCAAGAAGGUGUUUGGGGAGCCCUUUGCCUCCAAUGUACAGCCAUUCCACGCCAAGCUGCUCAACGCCGUGCAGAAGGUGGACGCCCACGACCCCUGGCUCCAGGCGGCCUGGGCGCAGGCCCUGGAGGCCCAGGACCGAGGAAAAGAGGGCGUGGCGCACGCGCGCGCGGCGCUCAUCAUCUUCCAGGACGCCGCCGCGCGGCUGCUGGCGGGGGAGGGGGCGGCGGCCGACGCCGACGCUGAGGGCGAGGCCGGCCCCCUGCCCCUGGGCAGGGACGGGGGCUCCCUGGAGCCCGCCGCCGCGCUCUCCGCCAUGACCUCCGCGCUGUCAGACAUGACCGCCCUCAUGAUCCGCGCCGGGUACAGCCGCAAGACGCUGUGCGACCUGCAGCAGCAUGCCGAGGCCACGCUGGGCGUGCUGCGCACGCUGACCGAGGGGCGGGACGACCACCUGGCCCUGCUGGAGGCCAAGUCCAUCGAGGUCUGGCGCGCCGCCGAGGCCCUGGGCUGCAAGCCAAGCGCCGAUGCAGCGAGCGCGGCGACCGCUGCUGCGCACGACGAGCUCUGA